UCAGCACUAACCAGAGUAUAAGAAAUGGACUUUGGACAGACAGACUGACUCCUGGGGCCUGCCAACAGUCAAAAUGUCCAAAGGGCCUCUUAUUCUCUGGCUGCUGAUUGAACUUGGGCGGCUUUCUCUGAUUCUAGCUGCACCAGACACUGUGAGAGGGUUUUUGGGUCAGUCGGUGACCUUGCCCUGUAAGUACUCAUCCUGGUCUGAAAACAGCAACAGCAUGUGCUGGGGCAAGGGCCCAUGUCCCAAAUCCAAGUGCAACAAUGAGCUUCUCCACACUGAUGGGAUGACGGUGUUGUCCAGGAAGUCAUCAAAAUAUGAACUUCAGGGCAAUAUCCGACAAGGCGAUGUCUCCUUGACCAUCUUGAACACCAACGAAGGUGACAACAGUGUAUACUGCUGCCGCAUAGAGGUCCCUGGCUGGUUCAAUGACGUGAAAAAGAACAUUCGCCUGCAGCUGAGGAGAGCUCCAACAACCAAGAGCCCAACAACCACUACUGCCAUGACGACAACCAUAGCUGUGCUUCCAACAACAGCUGUGACUACACCUGAACUCACAACCAGAACACCACUUCAGACUACCCUCACAGCUGUGGCAACCACAUGCCCCCCAACAGUAUCAACCUUUCUUCCUGAAGCAACCCCAGUUCUUGAGACCACUGAGCCUUCAAUGGGAGCACCCACCUUCACUACAGAAUCAGAAAGUUUCUUUCUCUCCAGUGACUCUGAGAGAAGCACCGAGGUGACCUCUGGAAACAUUGCCUUGCUUACAUCCAGAGAAUCUGAAGGUUGGGGUCUCCAGUCAACGUCCCAGACAUCAAUGUGGGAAAUGAGUGAGUCAGUGACUUUUCCUCAGCCAAGAGGCUAUAUCACCAGUGGUCCAGAAGGGGGCAGCAUAAGCCAGAUGCUACCUAUGGAAGAACACCUGAAGGCUUGAAGUUGUCACUUUCAAAGUCCUAGGAUUGUGUUAAGAUUGUAUCAUUGAGUUGACUUAUAUCAGAACUAAAUUUGCUUUAAAAGUACAUACAGAUGAGUCCUGUGUCUAUGAAUUUAAUGAGUCAAAAUACUUAGUUAUCAGUUUUUAAACAGACCCACUGAGAAUAUAGAGUGCUUUUAUUUCCAGUUGAUUUCUGGCACGUAGCCCACUGGCUAGAGUUUGUAUUUUCAAAUAGGAUGCUAAUAUGCUCUUUUUCUUUCCUCUCAGAGUGGUUAUAAUCAUGAUUUUUUGAGUCAUUCAGAGUUGAGUUCAAAUUUCCUUUUAUUAUCUGUGCUACCUUGAAAGAGUGAUUUAAACUUAUUCAGCCUCAGUUUAUGUCUGUAGAAUGGAUGGUAUAAGCAUGAAGUGAGAUAAUUUAUAUGAAGUGCUUAUCGCUCUGCCAGGCAUACUGUAGUGCUCAAUAAGUUGACUUUUACGGGGAGUUCCAAGUAAUUUUGAAGCAAAUUUCCACCAGUGGGAUGGCAAACGGGGUGAUGUUCAAAAUGGAUUUUAAAAGAUUUUCUUAACUCAAAAUUCAAUGCCAUUCCAGAUCUGCACAUAGCAUGUAGUUUUAUUUCAGUGAGUAAGUUCGAAUCCACUACCUUAGGCAUAACCCUCUUGAGGGGAAGUCUCAUCACUCUAGGGUCUGAAGGUCUGAAGGUUUUAGCAUUAAAAUUGUGCUCUGAUAUAACACAUUUAAUUCCCUGACUCCAUGGGUGUUGUUUUUGCAUCCGGGGACUAACUAUACCAGAAGUCAGCAAACUCUUCUGUAAAGGGCCAGACUGUACAUAUUUUCGGUCCUACCAGCCAUGCUGGUGGUCUCAACUACUCUGCUCUGCCCUUGUAGUACAAAAGCAGCCCCAGAUAACACAUGAACAAAUGGGCACUUCAAGAAAACUUUACUGAUGGGCAUUCAAUAUGAAUUGCCUGUAGUUUGCAUGUGUGUUGAGUUAUUCUUCUUUUGAUUUUUCCCCAAUAAAAAAAUAUUAAAAUGAUUCCUAGCUCUCAGGCUGUACAAAAACAGGCAGCAGGUUGGAUUCAACCCUUGGGCUAUAGUUUGGCAACCCUUAAUCUAUAUCAUCCAGAUACAGGACACAUUCUUUAGAAAGGGCAGAUGUGAGUCUCCUUCAACAGAGCUCUUCCAGCAUAUGCACUGAAUACUGCUUCUUAUCCUACUAGAUGAUAAAAGUAAAGGCAAUGUUUUUAUGUUGUGGUUUUAACAUUUACACUUUAUAUUUUUAUGUUAUAAAAUAAAUACAUGCUCUUGUAAAAGAAAACAGCAAAACACUGUAAAGUGAAAUGUCCUUGUAUUCUAAACAUUCUUCCCAAGCCCUCACCCCAAAUGACCAAGAUGAAGAAAUAAUUACCAUAACAGUUUGGGCUAUAUCUUUCCAGAUCAUUUUCUUUUCUCACAACAGAGUAACGUCUAUCAUUUUUUUUCACACAAAAAUUUUUACAAAAUCAUUUUUAAAUGUACUUUAAAAUGUAUUCAACAUUUUUUUCAAUAAAUCUUUAUUACAAAGCCACUAUGCAUGUAUUAGUUUGAACCAUAUGAAAUGCUGAUAUUUAAACCACUUUUUAAAAGCUUUUUAUUUUGAAACAGUUUUAGACUCAAUACAAACUUGCAAAAAUAGUACAGAGAAAGCUAUAUGUUCCUCCAGUUUCCCCCUCCCCCGCCACAAACAUCUUACAUAACUGUAGCACGUGGUCAAAGUAGGAAAUGGACAUUGGCAUGAUGCAAUUAACAAGUCUACAAACUCUACUUGUAUUUCACCAGUUUUUACAUGCAUUCAUUAUCUAAAAGCAAACAAACAAACCAUUUUUGAUAUACAGAAAAGUCUCUCUGCCUAUAUAUAAGUCUAUAUUCUCGCUCUAGAGACUUAUAUGUAUUACAUAUAUAUGUAUAUUACACACAUAUUACAAACACACAUAUAUGUAAUAUACAUAUAUAACAUGUAAUAUACAUACAUGCGUAUUA